UUCCCCCAUUACGGUCUAAUUUUCCUACCAUCCCCCACCGUGCUGCCGCCGCACGCGCCACGCCCUUCGGCCAUCUUCUUUCUCUCCUUUCUCUGUCUUCCUUUUCUUGUAUCACGAAAUGUCCAGCUCCGGCAAAAAGGGCCCAGUCGCCUUCCCGAGUGUCUCGACGUCCUUGAACUCCCUGCAUAACGCGAAGACAAUGGGCGAGAUCUCCAUGCAUCCUAGCAUGUAUGCUCAGCGGGCCAAAGAGAGUGAAGCCCUGCUGCGGCAAAGUCUUACAAAACCAGGACACCCUUCUACGCCCUGCGCACAACCCACAUUAGCGGCACCCAUGAUGCGCACUCCGGUGAGUGCCAUCUCUUUGUCACGAUUGAGGUGGCCUUUGAGGAAUGAUUGCGCUGACGACGCCGCCCGCGGGCACGCAGCAAAAAUCAAAAUGAGCGACCGCUACCGCGACAGUAGCCGCACCUCAUUGCACACCUCAUUGGCACGCCUCAUUGGCGCGCCCUCGCACACCCUCUCUCCUCUCAUCACUAGACUUCUUUCUACCACCUGGGACUUCGUAGAUCGACUGGCUAUAGCCCAGUUUCCCCCCACCCGCACGCUCUAUUACUUGCAUCUCGCUUUCGUCGCUUUCGAUUCUCCACUGCAUGCAACCCCUCCAUCCAUCUCAUAG